AUGGCCGAAAAGCCCUCAAUGACGUUCAGUCUUCUGGGCUCAGCAGCGCCAGUGCUUGCACCGCGGGUAGGCCAAUUAUCUAUCCCAGGUCGCAAGGCAAUCACAACGCCUCACCAUGUUCCGCUCACUUCGCGGGGCACAGUGCCUCACAUCGCACACGACAUGAUGCGCGACCAUACAGCGAUUGGGAAUUUAUAUAUCGGACUCGAAGACUUCAUCGAGAGAAGCGACAAUGCAGCCGUAUACAAGACACCCGCUGCACCGCAUGAGUCCCCCUUGAAGAAAUUCAGCUGUAUCCCCAAUGAUAUGCCUGUAAUCCUUGGCCCACGCCGCUUUCCCGCGAUUGUAUGCCCGCCUCCUAACACGUCGACUUCUAUUGCGCUGUCUACGUCUAUUGGAUUCCAUCAACUCCCUGCGAAACAAUAUGUGAACGCAGUGCACAAGCUGAGACCUGACAUUGCUAUCGGAAUGGCAGAUAUGGUUCUUGGAAGCCCGCCUGGUAAUAAGAGGCGCGAAAAGAUGGUUGAUCGCACGCAUGCGUUUACUCGUGAUGCGUUGGAACAACUAUACGGUGAUGCGCUUACUAGGAAUGCGAAGUCUAAGACUGCUUUCUUUGCGCCGGUUUUACCGCUGGACAAUGCGCAGCAGUCGCUUUAUCUGGAGGAUUUGGAGUCUGAGUUCCGGUGGGAUAUAUCCGGUCUGGCACUGUACGAGGCAGCCUCUUUGGAACAUAUUCCUGCUUCUUUGGGAGAUUUGCCGCGGUUGCUGCUUAGUGACCCUUCAACUCCUCAUCAUAUCCUGCGUGAAAUCUCGCUUGGUGCGGAUCUGUUGACGACGCCUGUGCUGGGUGCUUCGUCCGAUGCCGGUAUUGCGCUGGACUUCAAGUUCCCGGCCCCGGUUGCGCAGGAUGAUGAUAAGAAGCCUCAGCCAUUGGGAUAUGAUAUGUGGUCUGUUGAGAAUGCGACUGCUGUUUCUUCCUUGGCUGAGGGGUGUGUUUGCUUCGCUUGUCGCAAACAUCACCGGGCUUACUUCCAUCAUCUGCUCGCUGCGAAGGAAAUGACUGCUUGGGCUCUUCUUCAGAUUCAUAAUUAUCAUGUUUUUGAUCUCUUCUUUGCGGGAAUUAGGGAGAGUAUUCAGAAUGGUACCUUUGAGCAGGAUAUUGAGGCAUUUGCUCGCUUCUAUGCUCCUGAGAUGCCCGAGAGUAGUGGCCAAGGUCCUAGGUUACGUGGCUAUCAACUCCCAGCCCCAGCAGCUCACGCACCCCGCCGCGCACCGAAGGUAUAUGGCCGCCUAGAAGAGGUAAUGGUGUCAUCUUCAGCAGUCACCCCCGACACCGACGCGAGCGGACUCGAAGAGCAUGGAUUUGCGCAGAAGGCGUAA